AAGCAGGACACUGGAUGCCAAGGUGCUGGUCACUUUCUAAGGUCUGGAUCAAUUGGGCUCAGUUGGACUCCCCUUAGGACGCAGAGAUGUGUUCCCUCCCCAUGGCCCGGUACUUCAUAAUCAAGGAUGCCGAACAGAAGCCUUUAUAUCUGAAGAAUGACCAACUCCUGGUGGGAGACCCAAACUCAGAACACUGUGGUGCAGAGAAGGUCUGCGUGCUUCCCAACAGAUCCCUUGAUCGAACCAAGUUCCCCAUCCUGAUGGGAAUUCAGGAUGGAACUCGAUGUUUAGCAUGUGCAGAAUCAGGAGAGGGACCCUUGUUACAGCUAGAGGAUGUGAACAUCGAGGACCUAUAUAAGGGUGGGGAGGAGACCACCCGCUUCACAUUCUUCAGGAGCAGCUCAGGCCCUAGCUUCCGCCUAGAGGCAGCAGCCUGGCCAGGUUGGUUCCUUGGGGCUCCAACAGAGCCCCAAGAACCAGUCAGACUCAUCAAGGAGACUGAACCGUCCCCCAGAACAGAGUUCUUUUUUGAACAGAGUCGGUAGGGGUGGGCAAGCCACUGGCUACAAAGCCCCAGCCCCUGGCACCAGCACUUGGCUUCCAUACCCUGCUCUAUCUCCAAGCAAAAGUCCUCUCUGGGCGUCAUGGUGUGUCCUUUUGUAUAAUGGGAAUGAGUCUCCCUUGUGGAUUGUGAAGGGUAGUGCGGAAAGGAUUGAUAGAAGCAACCCUUAUAUCAGGCAAGAGAUCCUUGGAGAGAUGAACCCAACACCUCCUCCCAUCCAUUUGGUUCCAGUUUUCUCAGCAUGAAUGUCCACUGAGACCCAAGAGUUUUCCAGACAGACCAAGGCCUUACAGU